UGACGUUGCGUCACAACACCUGCCUGACGUCAGUAGCCGGAGUUCCGCGUGUUCGGAUGUGUUGUUAAUAUCAUACGUGGAUGUGGAAUAUGAUGGAAAGUCGAGGAGUUUCAUCGAUUAUAUUUGACUUGGAUAACACGCUGGUCGAUACAGCCGGCGCAGGACGAAUUGCCAUUGAGAAGGUGUGUGAGCUGCUGAAGUCGAUGCAUGUACAGGAAAGCCACGUCAAAGACAUCUGUCAUCGCUUUUUACGAAAGCUUCUCCACGAAUCGUUCGACACAUCAGAAGGAAAAACAAUAGAUGAUGUGAGGAUCCAUCACUGGUAUGAAGCCCUGCAGGAGACGCAGGGCACCGAUCCUGAUCCGGCUCUUGCCAACAGCUGCUACUACACAUGGAAGAACACACGAUUACAGGUGCUGACUCUUUCUCCUGAGGUUCGAUCCCUCCUGGAGGAACUGCGGAAGAACUACAAACUGCUUCUGCUCACCAACGGCGAUACUCAGACGCAGUGGGAGAAGAUCGAAGCGGUGAGAUGUGAGGGUCUCUUUAGUUUGGUGGUGGUCGGAGGAGAUCAUCCUGAGCAGAAACCGGCGCGCUACAUCUUCACUCACUGCUUCGAGUCUGCGGGAGUCCAGCCGCAGGACUGCAUCAUGGUGGGAGAUUCUCUCGGCACAGACAUCCAGGGAGGCAUUAAUGCAAGAGUGCGGGCCACUGUGUGGAUUAACAGUGACUGUAAAUCUCUCCCGCAGGGCUCUGUGACUCCAGACUACACUGUUCCUAGUGUACUGAAUCUGAACGAUGUUCUGCUUGAACUGAGUUGAUGUUUACAUAAACAUACAGAUUUUUUUUUUUUUUAAGAAAAAUGUAAUGAAGGCUUAUA